UGAAACGGAGCCAGUGCCUUUCCCGAUGCCACAGCUUGAAGUGUCGAUCACGCACGUUAUCGGCGCUACCGAGUUCUUUUCGUGCGACUGGUUCAAGGGGUACUGGCAGUUGCCCCUUGAUCCCGAGUCACAGGAGUAUUUUACGUUCAUGACGCACAGCGGCAUGUACACCCCCACGCGCGUACCCAUUAUCUUCUGGUCCUGAAGGACGGAAUGUCCGGUUACGUGGAAUUGGUUGUAUGCCUGGAAGCUACUGCAGAUGUGACUCGGGACGCGCUUUUGGAUUGGUUCAAGCUCUUUGGAGUGGUCCACCACUGGGUAUCUGACCAGGGAUUCCACUUCAAGAACUCCAUUAUCGCCCAUCUUACGAAAUUGUUCGGAGCUCAACAUCACUUUGUCACCGCCUAUUGUCCGUGGGCGAACGGCUCAGUAGAGGUGGUGAAUCGGCUCGUUCUUCGCGCUAUCAAGACUAUCCUGAGUGAGUGC